ACGGCAUCCCUUUUCAGCUAAUUUUUCUAGUCUCCCACCAGCCUCCACUCUCGGCACCCCCCUCCCCCCACUCUCUACGCUUGGCAAGGCGCAAUCAAUAUAAACAUCACCUGGCCGGCCUUUCAAGAUCACUCCCGCCUGAGACACUCAAUAGGGAGACAGAAUGACUGGCUUGGCAGCGAUGCGGGUGGCGGCGGUGGUGGUGGUUGCGGUGCUGGCGGGGAGCCUGGCGCUGGCCCACCCUCCCACCGAGAGGCUGAAAGCCCUGGCGCAGAAAAUCAUGCAUGAGAGGUUCAUGGCGGAACAGAGGUCAACUCACUGGGGCGUCAACUUGACCACGACGGAAAUAAUCGAGGAAUUCGGCUACCCCGCCGAGAUCCACCACGUGACCACGCCGGACGGCUACAUCCUGGAGCUGCACCGCGUCCCUCACGGUAUCGGCGGCAGCAGCGGUGACCGGCCCGUGGCGCUCCUGCAGCACUGCCUCCUCUGCUCCUCGUCUGACUACAUCAUGAACACGCCGGAAGAGGCCCUCGCGUACGUGCUGGCGGACGCGGGCUACGACGUGUGGAUGCCGAACUUCCGCGGCAACACCUACUCGAGGGCCCACGUUGAGCUGGACCCCGAGAACAUCGACUUCUGGAGCUUCAGCUGGGACGAGAUGGCGAAGUACGACGUGCCCAGUAGCAUCGACUACAUCCUGGCCACGACGGGGCGGGAGGACCUUUACUACGUGGGCUGGAGCAUGGGCACUACCGUCUUCUUUGCCAUGAUGAGCGAGAGGCCAGAGUACAACAGCAAGGUGCGAGCUAUGGCAGGCCUGGCCCCUGUGGCGUACUUGGAUUACGCCAAAGGCCCCCUCUUCGAGCUGGCACCCAUCGCAGGUGACUUGGACACCAUCAUGACCCUGCUGGGCGUGGGCGAGCUCCUCCCCGGCGGUGAGUACAUGGACUACAUCACCGACAAGUUCUGUGACGACAACAGCACCUACGCCGGCGUCUGCUACAACUUCCUCUUCCUGAUCGCCGGACCUGACUCAGAAGAGCUGAACGAGGAGUUCCUGCCCGUCAUACUGGCCCACACCCCCGCCGGUUCCUCCGUCCACACCGUCAACCACUACGCCCAACUUAUUGCGUCAGGGUUGUUCCAGAAGUACGACUAUGGCAUAAUCGGCAACAUGAACCACUACGGCCAGUCCACACCGCCGCUCUACAACCUGAGCGAAGUCACCGUACCGGUCGGCCUCUUUUGGGGACAGACCGACUGGCUGGCCACUCCCGAGGACGUGACUCACCUCGCUGCGGAGCUUCCCAACGUGGCGCUCAACUACAGGAUCGACAAAGACCAGUUCAACCACCUUGACUUUGGCUGGUGCAUUCACACCUACUACUACGUCAACAGUCACGUCCUCAACUUCCUGUCACAGCACUGAGGCGCGGCGACGCUCUAGAAGCAUGGCCACGAGAAGCGAGUAAUCAUUGGCCCGCCGCGUGCAUGGCAAAAAGGGGUAGUAGAAAUAAAGACUUUAUAUCUCAUUUGUUUCAUUUAUAAGUGUAAGCAUGGAGGUAGAGGGAAAGUUAUGGGAUCGGUAUGAAGCGGACCGAUAGGACUGAGCAAGACGCGAAGGAGCGAGAUGCAUAGGAAGGGGAGUGUGUUGGUAAAGUUGGGGCCUUAGGUAUAACUGUGAGUGACCUCGGUGGUCAUCUCCGACGCAUUAGCCCUUGAGCCUGUGGUGGGAAGAACCCAUUACCCCGGGUUACAAGGCCAGUGUGGUAUACCACAGUUUAUCCUCUCCGGGUUUCCCCGGGUACUCAUCUCAAUAUACCAGUCUAAAAAGAGAGGAUGAACAAGUGAGUGAGCUGCACGCAGAGUGCCCGAGUCCGCAUUCGACUCCGGGCUAAUGAAUUCGUAGCUAGGCACGUUAACCACUGCACCGAGGUGUAUAAUGAUAAAAAGGGUGUGUCUGAGCAGGGAAAAAAUUAAAGGUCCUUCCGUUAAGGCCACCCCCUCAAGGGAAAUUCCCGAAAGAAACAAGUCAUCAGCGAUAUAGCUAGCCAGAAUGUUUAGUUAGAAACUUUCGUUUCGUCUACCACACGGUUAAUGUUUUGUCCUCAUAAGAGAAGAAUUCAGGUGCCAGAGACAUCUACCACCUAUCUAUAUAAACACACGUUAAUAUAACUACGUAACAGUAUUACGACCCAAAACAUCCGGUCACUUUAUUCCUUGCCGUCAUAUAACUCCUCCUCCUCCCCGGCACUCAGGGCGGGCCGUGAGGGAAGUGCACAUGUCCGCUGACGCAACACUGGCCUCGCAGGAAAUAUGAAUUAUGUGCGACGCUUUGCGGAACGCCGCGGCUCACGAGGACACCGUUUGGGACACGUGGAACACAGACAAGGAACAUGACUGUCUGUAUUCCUUCGAUACACCCAUGAAGUUGUGCCAGGCAGCGCAUCACGGGUGCGUCUACAUCACAUCGCCACCGGUCCUGAGGCAGCCUAGCACAAGCCGGGCACCACAAGGAGUCACGGGACAGGCGUGAGGCAGGUGCGGUGCUUCGCCUCACCGCUUGGCAGGUCGGAUGGGACCAGUUUUUGCCGCCCGCCUCCGCCGCACGGCGUCCCUGUUGGAGAUUCCCAGCGGCUUGUUAGGUACUGACUUCCCCCAGCCUGAGGGCUCGCUCGGCUGUCCCGGCUGCCGCUGUAUAUAAGGGGUGACGCAGGUGCUGCCACCACACAGCAGCUCCUCACCUCUUAACGAUGGCCCAAGCGACGUGGUGUCUCCUGGUGAUGGCGGUGGCGGCGGCGGUGGUGGCCGUGGAGGCACACCCCUAUUACAGGAAGCCCUACUACUACAGGCCAUCCUACUACAGCCAGCGGGGGAAGCACAGUCAUGCAGGUGACCCCCACGACGCCACCAUUAGCAAGACCCCAUUAAGCACUGGCUCCGUGGACCUGCCCGCCGCAGAAGGAAAGCCUGUAAGCCCCGUCUCUUCCGGUGACCCUGACCUUGACCUAGCCGCCCUCCUCGGGGAGACGGAUGGCCUCUCCGACUCCCCUAGUCUCCCCGCCUCCCCAAGCAACCCCACCAACUUCGACGUAGACAUUCGCGCCCAGCGCUAGCAGGGCAGCAACUGUCAUGCUGACAAUGUCGAUGUUGCUGACCGUCCGCUAUAACACCACCACCACCUGCACAGCGUAAACACACACACACACACACACACACACACACACACACACACACACACACACGAAAAACAAGCAGCUAUGUCAAGUACGCGGCCGACAAUGUUGACAGCGAGCACAGUAACAACUAGAUUUCUUGAUGAUAUUGUCUGAAAACAGUCUGUACGAACAUAAACAUUUUGCCGA